AUGUUCAAUAAUUUAUUACUACAAUUUAUUAUUUUUGAUUUUAUAAUUAUUAAUUCGGAUAGUAAAUCUCAAUCAAGACAAUAUCAAAAUAUUUUUAAUAAUCCACAAUUUUAUUAUCAACAACAACAGCAACAACAACAACAACAACAAUUAUCAGUCGAUGGUCAAAAAUGGUUUUAUUCAUCAAAUCAACAACCAAUAGCUUAUUCAUGGUAUUGGACAAAUAAUGAUGUACCAUCAUCGAAUUUUUAUAAAAAUUCUCUAUCAUUACAACAAACUAAUCAAUUAGCAAAUUGGGCAUGUGGAAGAAGUCAAGUAACAAAUCGAUUUGCACGUAUUAUGGGUGGACAAGAUGCUGUACCUCAUUCAUAUCCAUGGAUGGUUUCAUUAGCUAAACGAUCUUUAAAUAAUUUGCAUUUAUGUGGUGGUGUUCUUUUAACAAGACGUCAUGUUUUAACUGCUGCACAUUGUAUGGAAGAUUUUAAAGGUGUUUCAGAUAUGAAUAUAUUAGCUGGUAUUCAUUAUAUUACUGAGAAAAAACAUUCUAUACCAGCAUUAACAAUUGAUAUACAUCCUCAAUAUGAUGCAGAAACAUUUGCUAAUGAUGUAGCAAUAGUAACAUUAACAACACCAUUACCUGAAAACGAUCCACGUAUUGGAACAAUUUGUUUACCAACUGAUGAACUUACAGGUAAAAGUUAUCCAUCGGAAAAAUCUUCUGGAAUAGCAAUUGGUUGGGGUUCAACAAAAUUUGGUGGUCAACCAUCGACAGCAUUAAAACAAGUUAUUCUACCUAUUCUUGAAACAACAAAAUGGCCAUGCAAUAUUUACGUAACUUAUGCUCAGGGACAAAUAUGUGCAGGUGAACUUAGUGGUGGUUCUGACACAUGUCAAGCAGAUUCAGGUGGACCAUUAAUGGUAGAAAAUUCAGAUGGUCGGUGGGAAAUAAUAGGUAUUACAUCAUUUGGUAAAUCAUGUGGUAAACCAAAUUCACCUGGAAUUUAUACACGUGUAGAUACUUAUAAUAGUUUUAUUCGAUCAAGCAUAAGCCUCUCAAGAAAUGCUCCUUAUUAUUCUUCUUCUUCCUCUUCUCCGACUUCUCGAAUUUAUGCAUAUAAUAUUCUUUUCAAUAUUUUAUUGAUAGUAUCAUUCUUAAUGUGA